AUGCUCACCCGGUUCUCUGCAAAGGACCCGUCUGGCGAUGAUGAAGACAGAGGCGGCGGCGGUUCAGCCGGAGAAGCGAGAUAUUCUACCAAAGGAACGUAUGGGCUGAAAAAGUGCCACGACGCCGAAGACGCAGUCGCAGAUAUUGUUUUCGUCCAUGGAUUGACGGGAAAUCGCGAAACUACAUGGACUGAUAAGUCCACCGGCGUCUUUUGGCCUGCUCAUCUCCUGAAGGACGAAGUCCCCAGGACUAGGAUAGUCACAUUCGGCUACGACGCCGACGUGGUGCACUUCUGGGCGGCCGCUUCGCAGAACAGAGUCCGCAACCACGCCGUUAACCUCAUCAACGCGGUAUCGCAGCUCCGUGAGCGAACAGACACCGAUGACCGGCCCGUCAUCUUCGUCGUCCACAGCCUCGGUGGUCUCAUCUUUGAGGACGCCAUGCUGGCGUCGCGAAACAGCGCCGAAGCGCACAUCCGGAGCAUCUACGACAGCACGGCCGGGGUCUGUUUCAUGGGCACGCCGCACUGCGGCUCGACCCUUGCGGGAUGGGCAACCGUCUUCGGGCAGAUCGCCACGGUCGUGAAGAAGACCAACACGAGCAUCCUCAAGGUGCUCGAGCCCGAGUCCGAGGUCCUCGCCCUGAUCCAGGGCGACUUCCACACCAUGUUGAGGAACCGAGCCGAUCAAGGUCGUCCGCCCCUCAAAAUGACUUGUUUCUAUGAAGAGCUCCCCGUCAAGGGCGCUGGCGAUAUCGUUCCUAAACACUCGGCCAUUCUUCCAGCUUACAACUCCAUCGGUAUUCACAAGAACCACAUGGACAUGACUAAGUUCUCGAGCGCCGAGGAUCUAGGCUAUCUUUCGGUAUCGACAGAGAUUCUACGAUGGGUUCGGGCGAUCCAGAAGGCCCAGCGAUCGGCAGCAGUCGCUCCAAAUGCCUCCAGCCAGACCAUGCCAUCGCCGGGGCUUAGAGUCCCUGCUCCAUCUCAAGGGGCUACGGGGGCGUAUCUUUCGCCAGGAAACAGUCCCUUGCCUCUGGGAUACGGGUCAAAUGCACAAUGGUACCCGUCGGGUGCUUCCUAUUCCCAAGGGGACACCGUGAUAUCUGGCAGCAUUAACAACCAUGGCAAUGGAAAGUUUGUUACCGGGAAUACUUUUCAAGGGCCGACUUCCUUUUGA